UCCUUACACCUGAGCUUCAAUGGCCUGUCGAUGGAUUACAAGUCCAUGGAGUGGGAUCGACGCUUCUUCCAGAUUCAGCAGGAGAUGGACGCCUGCCUCCUAGACAACGAAGGAGGCGAUAGCGAUCUUAACGCUAAAUCAAAAAAAUGUAGAAACACUCCAACCUCGCUUCCCGUAACAAAACCCCCGCGGUCGUGGGUCCACACCGUGCCGUUGCCACCCGUUACCUCGACCACCGCGAAAGACGAAUCAGAGUCCGACAACGACGCGGACACGUCAGCCUCGUCCAACUCGGACAUGAUCACCAUUCGCUUGCACCCGCCCGCCAGUCCCAGCACCCGCAGCGCACCGCAGAGCGGCAGCGGCGCACAGAGCGACACUAGCGUCAUCCCCAGCGUGGUUGUGUCCAGCGAGGCCGACAACACGCAGGAGGACUCCGACGUCCUCAACACCAACGACGAAAGUCCGGCAACGGACGCCGGCGUCCACCCCUCCCACGGAGCGGCGGGGGGAGGAAACCGCAGCAAGCACAAGCGGCUGCUGAAGGCCCGCUUCCGCAACACCAUCCGCGCCAGCGCUCGCCCCAUGUUUAAGCACCUCAUCUCCAAGAAGACAGCCUGCAACGAACGCAAAGCUUCUAAGGUACUGGGUAUCAUCUUCAUCGUCUUCGUCACCCUCUGGACGCCCUUCUUUAUCGUCAACAUCCUCUCUGUCACCUGCGAAUCGUGCAUGGAGGGUGUGACGGGGCAAAUGAUGUCCCUCUUUACCUGGAUGGGUUACGUGGCGUCGCUGGCCAACCCCAUCAUCUAUACCAUGUUCAACACUCCUUCCGCAGGACCUUUCAUCAAGAUUCUCACCUGCAAGAUGCAGCAGGUACCGCGCCGGACCAUGUUCUCGGACAACCACCCGAUGAGCAACACCACGGUCAUGCCUAGCGACCGCAGGAACACUAUGACCGUACUGCUGGACUCUAAAUCUUAGGUCUGCACGUGCAGAGUGUGUUACUUCUUCCUUGC